AUGGAUGUGUUUGCCUCGCCACAGGUUGAAGGAGCUGUGUUGUUCAGUGGAGACCUGACCCAGCUGUCUGUGAUGAUGGUGUUGUCUAUCUCUAGCUGUGAUGAUGGGUUGUUGUCUAUCUCCAGCUAUGAGGAGCGUUACUAUGAGGAGCUUUACUAUGAGGAGCGUCUGAGGACUCUGAUGCUGAGAGAAGAAUUCUUCCCUCUGAUGGAUGAGAUGAAACACUCCAUCGCUGUCAUGACUAAAGCAGCAAAUGAGCUGUUGGUCUGUGACGACCUCCACUCAAUCAUCCGCCUGGUGUUGAAGGCUGGGAACUACAUGAAUGCUGGUGGGUACGCUGGCAGUGCCAUCGGUUUCAGGAUGGCAUCUCUACUAAAGCUGGCGGACACCAAGGCCAACAAACCUGGCAUGAACCUCUUGCACUACGUCACCAUGCAAGCACAGGAGAUAGACGUUGCCCUGUUGAACUUCCCCGAGCAGCUUCAACACAUUGGGAUGGCUGCAAGUGAUCUGACUGUAGAACUCUGUGUGUCUCGUCAGAGGGCGGAGGCCAGGCUGGCUGACCUCCGUGCCUGUCUGUUGGACCUCAACUCCCUGAGCCAAGCUGUAGCAGAGUAUUUCUGUGAAGACCCGGCCACGUUUCAACUGGAGGUUUGCUGCUCCAUAUUCCACUCGUUCUGUGAACGCUUCAACAGGGCCGUUCAGGAGAACCGUGAGCGUGAGGCAGCCGAGCUGAGACGCAGGCAGAGGGAGAGGUUCUGUAAUGUGGCCAAGCGUCGCUCCAUUGCCACCUGCUCGGACCUGGAGCCCGCCGGGCCUGGUUCUGCCAUGGAGUCUAUCCUCCACAGCUUCCUGAACACCAUACAACCCAGGGGCCCCAGGGGUCUGGCAAGGCGCAGACACCACCACCACCUCCCCCCUGUGAUGUUGUCCCCCAUCGGGGGCUCGCCCAUCGAGCCCUGCCCCAAGUKCAACCCCCUGGCCGAUGAGCCAGAGACUAGAGCUGAUCCAGGGCCUAGCCGGUUCACCAGACCAGGAGGGAGCACCCUGGGUGGGAAGGCAGGUGUGGUGACACCCCGGAAGGACCAGGAGGACCAGGGGCAGAGGGAGGAGAAGAGAGGGGAGGGCUGGCCCAGGGAGCUGGGUAGCCCUGAUGCGGUGGUGGAGAGGUUGGAUGGGGGGGUGGAGGAGGACUCCUAUCUGGACCCCCCUUCAGAGCAGAAGGAGAAGAAAAACAAGGGGGAGACAGCGACCCCAGAGGACCAGUGGAGAUGUUUUGGGUCAAAUAGAGCCUCUUCCAUCAACCAGAAACGGACCCCUAAGAGCUGUGGCCGCCGCAGCCUGUCGUCCAUCGACCAGAAACGAACCACUAAGAGCUCUGGCCGCCGCAGCCUGUCCCCUCGCAAACACACACCCCCCACCCAGAAGGAGGAGAAGAGAGCGGGCAAGGAGGAGGAGGAGAAGGAGGUGCAGAGGAUGCGUGUCGUGUCCAGGAAGAUGCUUCGCUACCAGACUGACCGAGGCAUGCUAUCUGGUGACCUAGAACAUCCUGAACUGCCAGAGUUGGGCGACAAAGCGAGCCUCGUCCCCCAAAACCACACCCCCCAACGCUCCACACCUCACCCUCUCCACCCCCACCCCCACCCUAUCUCUCAACCCUCCACCCCAGGUCAUCGCCCCCACUCUACCCCCCAGCCCUCCACCCCUUUGCCCAGGGGGAAAGAUGAGAGGUUGCCCCCCACCCCCACCCGCCCUUCCACCCCCACACGCCCUUCCACCCACCAUUCCACCGCCACCUGCCCCCCUCUGGUGCUGCUGGGGAGGAUGAGGGCUAUGGAGGGACACCCUGGACCCUCAGACCUCCAUGGAGAGGCAGGGAGGGGGGCCUUGUCCCUGCCCGACUGCCCCAGUCAGAGAGCUCUGUCUCAGGGCCACCUGCUUCGCUCUCUCUCCCUGGAUGAGACUGGAGGGAGCCAGGCUCCAGGAUUCAGAUGCCGCCUCGGGGACCUGUUCCAGAGACGCAGCGCGCUGUGGGCCCCAGCUGGGGGUGAGACAGGGUUUUCUACAGAGGCUCAGAAACCCUUGGAGAGGCAGAACAGUAGCUCUGGGAUUGUGUCUUUCUUCAGACGCUUUGGGGAGAGGAGAUGA